UACAUGAGAAAGGUUCUGGGUGAUUUCUCCAGCUGGCCCGAGGCUCUACUUAGUCCAGCUGCUGAGAAAGCAGUCCUCCAUAGAGCAACCUGCAGCUUUGGAGCUGAUCCCCAGGAGCCACAGAAUAUUGGCUUUCAGGCUUUCACUGCACUUCGGACAGAAUUAUAUUUUGUGUUGCAGACCAGAUGAAGGAGGUGAGAAUCAUCUUACUUGCAGCCAGUGGAAACUGUCUCCUCCACAAAUAAAUCAUCUGCUGUUAUAAAUAAAAAGUUCAGACAUCAGAAGAGCAUGUACCUGCUCGCAUAGACACUGGGAAAAUCAGUGAAUAAUGACUGUGGCUGUAUUGAUAUAUUGCUCCAAAACAUUCUGAAACCCAAAUAAUUAUAGUGCACAGUAAACUCAACAUGAGUGACAUGUGUUCCCCCUUAGCGCUUCUUAACACUGGAUGUAUAUGUCUAUGAGUAUACAUUGAACAGAAAAGGAAAUUGUAAAUAAUAUAACCCAGCCACAGUCUAGAGGCUGGGCAGCAAUGUCUUCACAAUGUUUUUGAGGAUGUUUAGGUGUUUGCUUUUAAGUGCAUGUGUGAUUUUGUGCCUAUAUAUGUGUGUGUCUGCUCAUGGGUGUGUAUCUAUGUCUUCUAGGUUCAUCAGGGGACAGUGAAGACUGUGCUAUCGGCUCCCAGGGACUUCGUGUCCCCACUCAGAAGUCCUACUCCUCCAGUGAAACACUCAAGGCCUUCGACCAGCACCAAGACCAGACCAGGUUACUGUACGGGACGACCAAGGGUUACAAGGACAUGGUUCACCGUGAACAGGAUGAUUAUAACAGACAAGGUCAGCAUUUCAGUCUUCGUCAGCUGGGAAUCUGCGAGCCACCUUCGCGUCGUGGCCUGGCCUUCUGCUCCGAGAUGGGCCUCCCACACCGCGGCUUCUCAGUUGGCACGGCCCAGGACAUAGACACCGACAGUCAGGCUGUGAUGUCACCAGAGCGCGCCAUGCGGCUGUGGGGUCGUGGGGGUCUGGGUAAAUCGUCAGGGAGGAGUUCCUGUCUGUCCAGCCGCUCCAACUCAGUGCUGACUCUUACCGACACCGAGCAUGAGAACAAGUCGGACAGCGACAACGGUAGGACGGCAUGGAAACUUGUUGUCUCUUUCUGGUUCUCUUUCCCUCUUUACGCUCCACUCCUCACCUAAUAGAUGCUAUUUCAACCGAAGAGUGGUACAAUAUACAUAUUAGGGCAUUAUUAACUGACAGCUUCCUCUCAGGUACACACUGGAACACUUUUAUAUUUAGGCAGCCUGAUAGAUUUCAAUUUCUUUCAGCCUUGAUCAUGGUCCUUCGGUAGUAUGCAUAUAUGACAGUGAAUUAUGCUCAUUUUUGACAGGACUGGUGCAUACUCUCCUUUAUUUAAUGAGACAAAUUAGAUGUUUCACUUGGUACAAUUACUGAUAAAUCCUGCCCUCCAUGUUUUCUAACAAAAAGAGAAACCAGCCAUGAGAUGGAACUUCCAUGUGCUGCUGCGAGUGUGCAGGUUGUGGUGUGUGUGUUUGUGAGGGGGAAUAUUCUGCUCUCGCUGAAUCUCUACAGCAGUGUUAGUUAAUGCCACUGUUUUGUUACUGAGGGAACAUUUGAACAAUUGUACAAAUAUUGAGAAUAUUGGAAGCAAAAAUAAUCAUUGAUGUACUGCAUGUUCUGAUCAUAGAGCUCUUGCUUUAAUGAUUUCAGUGUUGGUCAAAACAGUUCAUUGCAGUAUGUUCCAGUGCCAGCUUCUAUCUAUCUAUCUAUCUAUCUAUCUAUCCACAAACAUAUUAUCAUGAGUCUAUAUUUUUUCUAUUGUAUUCCUUUGUGUUUGGGGCAGCAGUGGCUCAGGAGGUAGAGUGGGUUGUCCACUAAUUGCAGAGUUGGGGGUUUGAUCCCUGACUCUUCCUCCCCACAUAGUGGAGUGUCCUUGAGCAAGACACUGAACCACAAGUUGGUCCCGAAGGGCAGACAAUCAGUUUGUGUGUGUGUGUGUGUGUGUGUGUGUGUGUGUGUGUGUGUGUGUGCAUUGGUGAAUUGGAAGCACAUUUUAAAGCACACUAAUCAAUUCUGUUCUUAAGAACAAAAAGUACUCUAGGAGUAUUUUUUUAGACAUUGAACCCGGCAUAUAAUAUAUAAUAUAGCCCAUUAGUCAGUGAAUAGCCAUUAUUGUUUCAAACAUCAUGGAAUUAAAUCUCUCAUAUUGAUACGAACUGUUGAUGUACACCCCGACUCAGUGUCCUUUUUAGUGGAGGGAAUUGGGGGAGGCAGCAAAACAUGAAACAAUCUCCUGCUAAUUAAUUGAAUUAAUGAUCACAACUUAGCUGAGCCGGCAUUUUUUUAUUUUUUUUUUUUGACCUUCUGUUUGCAUGUGUGUGUGUUUGUGUGCAUCACAUUGAUCUAAGCAAGGAAAUGUGUGCAAAUAUCUUUGUAAAGUACUUCUUUGUCUGCAUGGUGUGUGUGUUUUUAUGUGUGCAAGUGUAGAUCCCCAAGGUAAUUUUCCUUAACAGGUGUGAAUUUCAUACUUAAUAAAGGACUUGUUUUUGAUUUUAGACGCUCACACACACACACACACACACACACACACACACACACACACACAAAUCCGCUGUAUUUCCAUUAAGCUAGACAAACACACACACUCAGUGGGUUUUCAUUAAGAGAUGUGGUGUUGUAAUUAACAGUGAGAUAAAGUGCUGAGUCGCUAUAUUUCCUAUAUUAAGUUUGAUAAUGUUUUUAUUAAAUGGCAUUAUGCUGUGGAUGUCAGUGCUCUGGAGGAUACACUUCCAAUCUCUAAAAGUGAGUAGUCGUCAAGUUUUCAAAGGCUAAUUGACUCUUUAAAAUGCAGGUGUGUGUGUGUGUGUGUGUGGGUGUGCUAGCUCUCAUUUUUUCGGGUGUGCGUAAGUGUGGAGUUGAAGUGGUCAAUUGCUAACACAUGGUCCCUUGUGGUUUAGACUGGUUCCUUCAGUGGGGAUAGCGGUGGCUCGUCAUUAUUGGAGUAGGGAUUAACCCUGAUGACGGCAAGCUAGUCCAGGUUGGUGGAUAAAGCAUUCAGGACUGGAGAAGAGUUAGGCCACUUGUUCUAUUGUUGAGGGCAUUGGAGCUCAUACUGGUCUGCACCUCGCUGUGUAUGCGUUCUCAAAGUAAGAAAUUGGUGGGUCUGUAUUGGGCAAAAGCAGAAUUACAUUGUGCUAGAAAGAAAUACUGUUCUUUGGUUAAAAAAAUGACUUUACAUGAAUGGACCAUAGUUAAUCGUUAAAUCACCAGCUGGAGGCCAUUGCUAUAGGCAUUACCAGAACCUCACAUCUACGCGAGCACUAUCAGUCAGAAUAGAAUUGCUCAUCAACAAAGUUGCUAUCUUGGCCUCUUUCCACUGCAAAGACUUUUCCAGGAACCUUAGAGUUUGCCGCUUUAGUUCAGUGCUCUGUGAUGGCCGGGGAACUAUCAGGCUGAAGUUUGAAGGACUGAAUUUCCCUGAUUGGUCAAACACAAACCCAGAGACUAUACCACACAUCACUACUGCUAGUAUGGGCAUCAGGACUUCAGAUGGAAAUGUUUGUUAUGUUAUUGAUGUUUAGCAGCCAGAGACUUAGCAGCCAAUAUGUUGCAUGUAUUGUUGUAGACAAAUACAAAAAACUUCCCUAGUAAGUCUCCAUCACAUACGUUUAGCUGUGAGGUUGUCGGCUGUGUGGUCUGCUAACACACUCUGUCAGGGUUUCCGCCAGUGUACUGACAUAACGUUAGUGAGUGUCUGAGAGAGAGAGAGAGAGAGAGAGAGAGAGAGAGAGAGAGAGAGAGAGAGAGAGAGACAGAGAGAGAGAGAGAGAGAGAGAGAGAGCGUGGUGGGGAGUAUGAAGGUAUCAGUGAUAGCUGUGAAUGUAGCAGUACAGUUUGUGCCUAGUUUAUUUGUGAGUGAAUCAAUGUUACAACUCCUCAAGACCCAAACCAAGUUUGUGAGUCAUGACUGCCAGCCACCUGCUGGCAGCUCUGUUCAGGCUCAUUUAAGGUUGGAUGACUCUACUUCUCACUUGAUUUAUGACCUCAGUAAACUAUGUGAACAUGAGUUUAUGGUCUUAGAUGUC